UUACCCGAUCCUCACACUAGCGGUUUACCGCCUGGAGACAGCUCUCCCCAGAUUCCGACUUGCAUCGAUCGAAGCUUGACUCUUGCUGAUCCUUCCCUCUUGCUGUUUAGUGAUCUAAUUCUAUUACAAUAUUGCAUUGCGUGCAUGUCGAGACCCAAUAUUUUUUUUAAUAUUUAUUAAUUCUUUAGGACACCACUGCAACAUCUACUUCAAUUGUUGUGGCUGUUUCCUCGAAUUGGUUUCUUGGUCAUACCGCACCGAUUGGCUGUCGUCAUCAUGCCGUACAGCUUGCAGAAAACAGGAUGGAAUGGGCAGCCUCACUUCCCUCCCACUUCUCCUCCUUUCCCCCCUUUUUUUCCUCAUCACUGACGUGCAAUCAUCUAUUUUCGCAUCGGACAAAGGGUAGAUACAUCCAAACUUUGAGCUGUCUCGCCUCAUCCCUCUUUUCAACCGCUUUUUCCGUGUCUGACAAGUGACGACAUCGUCUGUCGGAUCACCAUGCCGCAAGGAGAGACGGAGCCCCUCCUCCCUCGCUAUGAGCACGACACGGUUCUCCAACGUCGUCUACAUCAGAAAUUGCAUACCUAUCAGAUGCUACGGGCCCUCUCAGAGGGUUACAUGCCAUCCACCGACCAAGUCAUCUCCAAUCUACGCACCUUGCUGGCCUCGGAUGUUCUGAACCAACGCAACCAAGACUAUGGCACCGUGUCUCGCCAACUCGUUCGAGACACUCGCGCUUUGAUACAGGCGUCCAUUGACUUUCUGCGGGAAAAGAACAGUGACGACAAGUUGCAGGAAUUCCUGUGGCAUCUCUCCCUUUCCACUACAUCGGUAGACACCUCCCGUGUCUCCCAACAAGCCUCCCUGGCGAAGUCCAGGGCGGAUACUAGAGCUGCCUAUGAUAGUCUUCGCACCGUUGGGAGCCUGUUCCUCUCCAAUGCCGACUUCCGUCUCUUCGUCGAUGAUCUGACCACAGUCGGCCGUCAGAUAUUCUCCGACACCGCCUUUUCUCUGUCUACUACUGCUCAGCAGGCCGGUGAACAGCUCAAACCAUCAGAGGGUGAGGUCGAAGCCCUCCAGGGUGCUGGAGCGGACAGGGAUCGUUCUGCAUCAAACGAGGAUCUUCACCGAGAGGCAUCUGAAGUUGCUGGAAUUGCGGGAAGUGGAGUUGCUCGCACCAGUCGAGAUGCCAUCGAUAGUGCCAAGGGACAUCUUUCGGGGAAGGAAAGGGAGACUUUGUUCUACCGGUUGAAACAAGCCGUCCUGAACCUUAAAGAACGUUCAGAUUAUUCGAAUGCCGUCGAAACAAUAUCGCAAUUGAUCCAGCGCUAUGCAAAAAUCUAUGCCCACAUAGGUGACGGAAUUACCGCAGAGGCAGAAGAAGCCGUCGACACAGAUGGAGACCUCAAACAAGCGGUGCAGCAAUUCUGGGCCCUGCUCCAAUCUCUUGGAGAUGCCGAGGAGUGGAAGAAGCUGGAACAGAAAUUCCACGAAGUCUUGACCCAUGCGGAUAAAGACCCCGAGUUUGAAAAACUGGCAUCGGAAAUCGGUGCCUCGGUCCAAGAGAUGCUCACCAAUCCCGAAUCUCUCGAUUCCGCUUCAGAGAAAGUCGAUAAACUCAAAGAAAAGUCCAAGCAAGUGGGCGCCGAGUCUAAUCUACGUCAGGAUGUGGAUGACUUUCUGGCACAGGCCAAACGGGCAUUGCAAACGGUGUCUGAAGAUGCUGCAGUGUCUAACCUGACCAAUGCCACCGAGAAACUCUACAAUGAUUUGGUGAGCGGAUUCUCUAACCGAAGGAGUGACCUCGUCUCGGAAAUGACGAACAUUUUCCUUCCUACCCUUCUUCGUAAUAUCCAGUACGUGCCCAUUCCACGUUUGGAAAUCUCGGCACCAAAGAUGGAUCUACUGCUGGAAACCCUGAUCCUCGAACCUGGACACACGGUCAAUUUCUCGUCAUUUUUACCAUACCAGAUGCACAUCACAACGAAAAAUGACAUUGAUGUUCUGAAAAAGCAUUCCAAAAGAGUCGCAACGGAUAUCAAGACUACUUUCACAGCCACGAUCUUUGGACUAAAUGUCAGUUCCGAAGAGUUCGGAUAUUGGAUCCGAACCCAAGCGGGUCCCUUUUUCCGCUUCACAGACGAGGGAACUGCCAGCUUCUACCUCGAUCGUCGGGGAAUUGACAUCUCCUUAGACGUAGAGGUGGGUCGACAGAAUUUGGAACAGGUCUUUUCGCUUCGCGGCGUCCGCGUCCGCAUCCACAAGCUCAACUAUAAAAUCCAUCGUAGCAAGUGGCGGUUCCUCUUGUGGCUGACCAAGCCUUUCCUGAAACAUCGACUUCGCCGCGUGUUGGAAAAACACAUUGCAGAGAAUAUCGUCCGUGCUGCGCAUGUGUUGAAUCGGGAACUAGUGUUUGCCCGGGAGCGCCUUCGCGCUGCACGCAUUGCUAAUCCCCAGGAUCUGGCAAGUUUCGUGCGUGCCAUUCUGGCUCGCAUGCAGCCUUUCCAGGACAGCGAUGUCGAGGCAGGUAUUGGAGAGAAUGUGGCGGGUCAUGGCGUCUUCAAGGGUGUCUAUACCCCCGGGAGUAUCGUCAAAGUAUGGCACGAAGAGGCCACGCGCGCGGAAGAAGCAAUUGAAGAGGGUGAUGAGAGUCACGGAUUGCGCAAGACUUGGCGUAAUGAUAUUUUUGAUAUCGUGGGGGUUCGAAGAUAAUAAUCUGAUGGGAUAUGGGAUGAUCGUUACGACUAAUUAUGGGGUUUAAUGGGCACGACUAGGCAGUAAUGAUUUUAUUUAUAUCCGUAAGGGCUCCCAAUUAUUUCGAUUUCAACCAAUCAAUUCAAUGAGACAUGAUGGUUGUCUUGGAUCUUCCAAAUUGUUCUUAUCUCCGAUCACUGUAGGUCACGUGUGUCGGAGCAACCAUUAUCCUCUCCGUUGGGGCCACCUAAUCGACAGCUACUCCGAUAUUG